AUGGAUCGUAUCAGACGGCUGCUUGUCCGCCAUAGCCACCGCUUCAAACAAUCUCCCGUAAAAACAACAAAGUCGUCCUCUCCAGACAACGCUCCGCCAAUCCUCACACUCCCAAACGAGAUCCUCUACCAAAUCCUCGCCUCCCUCGCACUACACGACGAAUUCGUCCUCUCCCACACCUGCAGAGGUCUCCGGUCCCUCACACAAAGAGACUGGACCCUCGCUGUCAUCUCCCUCCCUCGCAACGCAAAGCUCGCCUUCUGGACGGGUCUCGCGUACACCAAGCCAAACCACUGGGUCUGCGGUUCCUGCUGCAAACUCCACAGGCUCGCGCUAAAGUUGACCCGUAUGGGAGGGAAAAGGAAUAAGAACCAGCAACGACUCCUCGAGAAGAUCAUGGCGCCGUUCACAUCGCGAGUGCCCCAACCUAGGGGUAUCCACCUCACGUCCACCUCGAGCGGGUGCGCCGUUACGCCCAAGACUGUCGGCGGCAGGUUCCUGGUACACGUGGAGCAUGAUUUCCGCCAUAGCCGCGAGAUCGCCUUGGUUCGGUCGGGGUUCUUCAGGCGCGUUUGCCCGCACUUGAUGGUUAUGUUGGAGGAUCCCAGACAACACUUUGUGUUCCACGACAACGACGUCAAUGUCAACGAUGGGAGUCGGAGCCAGACCAGAGAUGUUAGAGUGUAUUUCGGGACCAUGUACGUCCCGGGCGGCUGCCUCGUGGCGGUCGACGGGCAUGGGUACGAGACGAUCGGCCACUGCGAGCGUUGCGUAAUGGACUACACGAUUCUUGCUUCAUUUGGGGUUGUGACGGUUCACUCGUGGCACGAUCUUGGGGCGUAUGGGUCGCCUGAGAGUGAGGAGUGGAUGGUGCAUGUUAUGAUGAGUGGAAAUACCUAUUCAAGGGGUCCUACGGUGUACCAUGAGCUUGGGAGUGUGCGGAAGAUGUAUUUGGAGGGCUGA